AUGGACAGAAAACGACUGCAUUAUGACGCGCAGUUGUCGAUGGAGUGGAUGCAACAAUACCGUCCUCUUUUUACGUUUCUCAUAGUUGCGUACGCGUUAUUUGUUAUUAGUGUGCGGCCAAUUUGUAAAGGAAGAAGAAGCCAAGGCAUGGCAACGAUCAUUUUUGUUGGAACGCCUUUAAUGCGUUGGCGGAUAUUGUCCUGCUUCUUGCCUUAUUACCUGAUUUCCUAA